AUGGAUACCGUUUCAAAAACUGGUGAUGAUACCUCCCAGCACCGAACCGAGGAUGUCGAACAAUUGAAGCAUCAAAGCCAGAACAAUGCAAAGGGCGCUGACCGAGCGGCCAACCUCAUUGGAGAUCAACAGAUUGAAGUCACAGAGGAAGAUAACAAGCGCAUCCGCCGCAAAACAGACAAACGCAUUCUCUCUAUUCUAGUCUGGGUCUACUUCCUUCAAAUUCUCGACAAGUCCGUUCUCGGAUAUGGAGCCAUCUUCGGUCUUAGGGAGGACUGUAACUUGACCGGCGACCAAUACUCCAUGGUUAGCUCGAUCGCUGCUAUUGCUCAGCUUGCAUGGCAGCCAUUCUCGUCAUGGCUCAUCGUCAAGGUUCCACACCGAAUCCUCAUGCCCUCCCUUGUAUUCGGAUGGGGCGUCGCACAAGUAUGCAUGGCAGCUUGCCACAACUACGCCGGCCUUUUGGCGACCCGAUUCCUCUUGGGCCUAUUCGAGGCCGGUUGCUUGCCUCUAUUCUCUGUCAUUACAUCACAGUGGUACCGCCGUGCUGAGCAACCCAUGAGAGUCGCAUGUUGGUACGGCACCAACGGCCUCGCAACCAUGUUUGCCGCGGCUGUGUCUUAUGGUUUGGGCCAAAUUAAUGGCUCAAUUCACUCGUGGCAGAUCCUCUUUAUUUUCGUCGGCUUGAUGACGGUUAUUUCAUCACCCGUGGUGUACCUCUUGCUUGACAACGACAUUCCCUCUGCGAGAUUCCUUACCGAGACCGAGAAACUGCAAGCGAUUGAGCGUCUGCGAGCGAACCAGACCGGUACUGGUAGCCGCGACUUCAAAUGGGCCCAGGUUUGGGAGGCCCUCAUUGAACCAAAGAGCUGGCUGUUCAUCGGCAUGGCUGUUUGUCUCAAUGUCACUGCUGCUGUCACGAAUACCUUUGGCCCUAUCGUCCUUUCUGGGUUUGGUUUCAGUAGCGACAGGACAUCUUUGCUCAAUAUCCCCUUUGGAGCUGUGCAGUUGCUCGUCAUCUUCCCGGCUUCCUACCUGGCCCACCGCUUCCGCAUCAAGUCCGUCUUCCUCGCCGCUCUCUUGGCGCCCGUUCUGACAGGAGCCAUAAUGCUGUACCUCCUCAAACGCGAUAGCAUUCCUCCAUUGCUCGCGGCGUACUACAUGCUCGCAUUCCUCUUUGGCGGAAACCCGCUCAUGGUUUCCUGGAUGAUCUCUAACAUCGCCGGUACCACCAAGAAGUCUGUUAUCCUGUCCUUGUUCAACGCAGGAUCAUCCGCUGGCAAUAUUGUGGGACCGCUCUUGUUUAACCAAAAGGAUGCUCCUCAGUACAAACCUGGUCUUACAAAGGUUAUGGGAAUUACCUGCGCUUUGCUAGCUAUCAUUGCUCUGCAGGUGGUCAACUUGUUCAUCUCCAAUAAAAUGCAGGAGCGCAAGAGGGUAGCCAACGGAAAGCCAAGGAAGAUCCAAGACUUGAGUAUGGAGCAUCAUUACGUUGAUGCCAGACAGGGUAACGAGUCUGGGACAGGCUUGGGAGAGAACGCGUUCUUGGACAUGACGGAUCGACAAAACGAUGAGUUUGUCUACGUCUACUAA